AUGAGCGAGCUGCAACGAGCAUGGGCAAAGUCCAAAAUUACUCUAUCGCACGAACCCUUCGGUGCGAUCGAUGAUGUCGAGGAGGAGACGCAGGUGACGGAGGUGCCGGAGCACACGGAUGACGACUCGUCGUCGGCAUCGUCCGUCUCCUCGACGGGAACCAUCAUCCCGACACCGAGCCAGAAGCUGUUUGCCCGUCCAGAGGGGCUUGCGCGCAGCAGAACGCUGGAGCAAAUCCCUUGGACCGUGUACUUUGAACGAGAGCUUUUCCUCGAGGCGGACGACAAGCCGGACGUGAAGUUCCAUGCCUACCUCACCUCGCCGGUGGAAAAGGGCCCGCUCUUCGUGAUGCAUCACGGCGCCGGCUCGUCGGCGCUCAGCUUUGCCGUCGUCGGCUCCGAGAUGCGCAAACGACUCCCGUCGGCCGGCCUGCUCGCCGUGGACUGCCGCGGCCACGGGGCAACGGUUUCGCCCGAGGGCGCAUCGCUGGAUUUGCGGCUCGAAACGCUCUCGUCGGACCUGCAUCGUAUGAUACGGUCGACGAGUGACAAGAUGAAAUGGGAAACGCUCCCCAACAUCAUCCUCGUCGGCCACUCCCUCGGCGGAGCGGUCGUGACGGACCUGGCCAAGUCGAAGGCGCUGGGCAAGUCGUUGCUGGGUUACGCGGUGCUGGAUGUGGUGGAGGGGUCGGCCAUUGACGCGUUGAAGAGCAUGCAGACGUACCUGUCGACGAGGCCGGUCGGCUUCGCGUCGACGCAAGAAGCCAUCGACUGGCACAUUCGGUCGCGAACGAUACGAAACUCGACAUCGGCGCGGACGUCCGUGCCCCCACUCCUCGUCGGGGACGAGAGCGCCGACGGCACGAGACGGUGGAGAUGGAGGACGAAUCUCGCGGCGACGCAGCCGUUCUGGGAAGGCUGGUUCGAAGGACUCAGCAAAAAGUUCCUGGGCGCGACGGGGGGGAAGCUGCUGCUGUUGGCGGGCACCGAUCGGCUCGAUACCGAACUCACCAUCGGUCAGAUGCAAGGUUCGCCGCACGAGAAUGAAGGCAUGCUUGCGUGCCGCCGAGCGGAUGCUAACGGAGGCUGCAUCACAGGCAAGUACGCUUUACAGGUCUUCCCCGAGGCCGGCCACUUCAUUCAGGAAGACAUUCCGGAGAAGACGGCGAUCGCGUUGGUGGAGUUUUACAGGAGAAAUGAUAGGAGCGCGCUGGUGCUCCCGCCGAAAGUGUCCGAGAUGCUCCGGCAGGGAAAGAAGGUGUAG